UAACCCCCCACCCCUCUGUUUUACACAGCACUCCCCCACUCCACUCCUCCACCGAUCCUCCUGCACUCACUCCCUCGCUCCAGACCCCCUUUUUUGAGGGUUCUUUCAUAAACACUCUCAACCACCCAUUCUCUCUUUCUCUUGCCAUUUCCUUUCUUUCCAAUCGUCUAUAGCUUCAUGAACAUUGAGUCCUCUUUGGAAAACAGACAUAGACGGACGAUAAACGUUUAGUUGGAGGCGGAGUCUAUAGCUGCCAGUCAUGUAUCUUUUCCCUUUAUCCCUGUGUAAACCAAGUGGGCGGGGUCUCAGCUCUAGUCUCCGCCCCCGCUGCUACAUGGCCGACACCUGUCUAGUCUGGCUCCUGGGCCUGGCUCUCCGCCUCUCCCUGACCUCCUGCCAGAAGUUGAACUCCGCCAACAAGCCCCCCAUGGUGACCACCAACUACGGCAAGCUGCGAGGGCUCAAAAAGGACCUGAACAACGAGAUCCUGGGGCCAGUGGAGCAGUACCUGGGUGUGCCCUAUGCCACCGCGCCCAUCGGAGACCGCCGCUUCCAGCUGCCCGAGGCGCCAGGCUCGUGGCAGGAGAUCCGCAAUGCCACGGCGUUCGCCCCGGUGUGCCCACAGAAUGUGCACGGCGUGCUGCCGGAGAUCAUGUUGCCGGUGUGGUUCACAGACAACCUGGAUGUGGCGGCCGGUUACAUCCAGAACCAGAGCGAGGACUGCCUCUACCUCAACGUCUACGUGCCCACCGAGGACGGUCCGCUCACAAAAAAACAUGAUGAGUCUACAAUGAACAGACCGAGAGAUGAAGACAUCCGUGACCGUAGGAAGAAGCCAGUGAUGCUGUUUAUCCAUGGAGGCUCUUACAUGGAAGGAACAGGAAACAUGUUUGACGCCAGUGUCCUCGCUGCCUACGGCAACGUUAUUGUGGUCACUAUGAACUACCGUCUGGGCGUUCUUGGCUUCCUGAGUACAGGCGACCAGUCAGCCAAGGGAAACUAUGGUCUGUUGGACCAGAUCCAAGCCCUGCGUUGGCUCAAUGAGAACAUCGGCCAUUUUGGGGGCGACCCUGAACGCAUCACCAUCUUCGGCUCUGGGGCAGGGGCGUCCUGCGUCAACCUGCUCAUCCUCUCGCACCACUCCGAGGGUAAGGGGCACACUGGAUUGUUCCAGAGGGCCAUAGCCCAGAGUGGCUCAGCCAUCUCCAGCUGGUCGGUCAACUACCAGCCCCUGAAGUACACUAAGAUCCUGGCCCGGAAGGUGGGUUGUAGCAACUCAGAGACAGCAGAAUUGGUGGACUGCCUGAGGAAGAAGAACUUCAGGGAGCUGGUGGAUCAGGACAUCCAGCCGGCCCGCUACCACAUCGCCUUCGGACCCGUUGUGGACGGAGACGUGGUGCCGGACGACCCUGAGAUACUCAUGCAGCAGGGGGAGUUCCUGAACUAUGACAUCCUGAUAGGAGUGAACCAGGGAGAGGGGCUCAAGUUUGUAGAUGACAGUGAAGACAACGAUGGGAUCUCAGCUGCAGCGUUCGACUACACCAUCUCUAACUUUGUGGACAAUCUCUAUGGCUAUCCUGAGGGUAAGGACAUCCUAAGGGAGACCAUUAAGUUCAUGUACACCGACUGGGCCGACCGUGACAACGGAGACAUGAGGAGAAAAACCCUCCUCGCCCUGUUCACGGACCACCAGUGGGUGGCUCCGGCGGUGGCCACGGCCAAACUGCACGCCGAGUUCCAGUCUCCCGUUUACUUCUACACCUUCUACCACCACUGUCAGACGGAGACGCGGCCGGAGUGGGCGGACGCGGCCCACGGGGAUGAGAUUCCCUACGUGUUCGGGGUGCCAAUGAUCGGAGCCACCGACCUCUUCCCCUGCAACUUCUCUAAGAAUGAUGUCAUGCUCAGUGCUGUAGUCAUGACGUACUGGACUAACUUCGCUAAGACCGGAGACCCCAAUCUGCCAGUGCCUCAGGACACCAAGUUCAUCCACACCAAGCCCAACCGCUUCGAAGAGGUCAUCUGGACAAAGUUCAACUCCAAGGACAAGCAGUACCUCCACAUCGGCCUGAAGCCCCGCGUCCGAGACAACUACCGGGCCAACAAGGUGGCCUUCUGGCUGGAGCUAGUCCCUCAUCUACACUCCCUCCAUGAAGUCUUGAACCCCACCACUACCAGGCUACCUCCAGGCAGCACUCACCCCCCCGGGGGCCCCUGGAAGCCCAAACCCCGCACCACGGGCCACCCCUACCCCACCUUCCCCGACCCCGUGGAGCCCUACGGAUCAGAGCGGCCCAGACUGGAUCUCUUUCCCGGUGACACGCGGGAUUAUUCCACAGAGCUGUCGGUGACAGUGGCAGUGGGGGCGUCGCUACUCUUCCUCAACAUCCUGGCGUUCGCCGCGCUCUACUACAAGCGGGACAAGCGGCAGGAGAUGCGGCGCCACCGGCUGUCUCCACAGCGCCACGGCGGGCCCGCCAACGACCUGGCGCACAGCCAGGAGGAAGAGAUCAUGUCCCUGCAGAUGAAGCACUCGGAGCACGACCCCCACCACGACAUGGAGCCCCUCCGGCCCCACGACAUCCUGCGGCCCGCCUGCCCGCCCGACUACACCCUGGCCCUGCGGAGGGCCCCGGACGACGUGCCCCUCAUGACCCCAAACACCAUCACCAUGAUCCCCAGCACCAUCACCGGCAUGCAGCCCCUCCACCCCUUCAACACCUACCCCAGCACCGGCCACAACAACACCCUGCCCCACCCCCACUCCACCACACGUGUAUAGUAGAGCUACAGCUCCCCCUGGGGGACCGGAGGACCAACUACACACUCUGGUUUACCUCUAUUGGAUCUCUAUGGAUAUCGCUCUCUCUCUUACUCUCUGUUUCUCCAACCGUCAGCCUGCUGCCCUGAUGCUGUGUUCUUCCUACAGUGGAAGUGCAGCUGAACUGCAGGGGCAGCAGGUGUUAUUGGGGGCGUUGAGACAUUUAGAAACUAUUUUGAGGGGGUCUCGUAUUCUCUGAUUCUCUGACCCCGACAGCCCCCAAACCUUCACAGGACGAUCCUCUGGCUCUUGCUGUGCAUUUCAUUUUGUCAUUUUUUCAUCAAACUUUUUCUCAGUUUCUGUGCUGUAAUAGGGUUGGGGACAGAGGAGGUUGGUGGGAGGAGCUAUAGGAGGACGGGGUCAUUGUAAUGGCUGGAAUGGAAUAAAUGGA